UCGUCGUGUGGUUCCCGUUGCUGACAGAAGUUCGUCGCUUCGUCGUCCGUGUGUUGAGCGCCGUUUAGGGACAAAUAGUUGAUGGAGGAAAAAAAUUGCCUAAUCGUUCUCGCAACAAACUUAGGUUAUAAGCGGGCCAUUGGAAUUCGGUUGUGGAAAAACAGUGUAAGCGCGUGUGAGUGACAUUCACCGAUCCGGAUUCGAAGUAGGCGUUGGAGUGCGUUCAAAAAACUAUCUGUCCUUCGAGUUUUCGGGAAAAUCGCCUCUGAUCAUAGUAGUCUGGCAGAGCUCCGAUGUGUGGUCUCUUUGGGUGUGUGAGUGCUAGUGGACAUGACCGUGUCGUCAAAUAACUCAGCGACGGGUUUGUAGAGGGUGAUGCAUACGGGCCUUACGGGUUGGUGGCAAGGUUCGUAACAAGGGAUGCCGUGUCUGUGUCUAAGAAAAGAACACCACUUUUGUCAAGUGUGCCGAGGAGGAUAAAGCAGAUGAUGUCGAUGAUGAUGAUGAUGGGUUCUUUUUUGCGCGAGCUGGUCGCGAAAUGGCCAGCAAGUGGCAACAGCAGCGCCCCCUAAUCAGCAGAGUGGUUGUGAGCGAUUGAGCAGCUGAAGCAACUAACAAGCAAGAUUAGAAGAAGUGGGAAAAAAGCGGAGGGAAGGAAAAUUACGAAUCAAUCCAAGUGUGCCGUGGCGAAGUGAUCAGCUGCUGAUUGGAGGAAUUUUCUUCGGGAAUUUUCACUCUGUAUGGUGAGUGCAUCGAAAGUGAAUGAAUUUCAAACGAAGGGAUGUGAGGUGAGAAAUUGGGUGACGAGAGGUGAAUCCAAUGAAGAAUAUACUCAGUGGAGAAAGCAGAGCGUUUGAACAAGCAUUCAGCGGGGAUACGGAAAGUGUGCGUUCUGGAGUGAGAAUUGUGCACAGCUUACUUCGACCAAAUCCCCUGUUCUUCUCGAACGCAGACCUUUUAAUCAAAGUCGAGGAAAAUCGCAGCUUCCAGUUUCAAUUGCCAGUGCUCUUGGAUUUCAGCUUCGACAGUGACACUGAGCACUGAGACUCAAAACUGCAUCGUUUGAGAACCGGAGAGUGAGCUGAAAGCGGUGCAGAGCAAGUGCUCGAGUUCGGGUUUUUGGCGGCGCGAGGGAAAAAAACCAGGGGGGAUUGAAAACUUCCAGGUAACGCCCGAACGCGGAACCGACUGACACAAAAGAAAAUAGUGUCAACCGGGGGGGCAGCUCCAAUCCUAUUGUCUCCUCGUUGUUUUUUUGUGUGUUUGUGACGUGCCAUCACCAGAACCGGGGAAAAGGGGUGCUCUGUGGUGACAGCUCGUGAAUUGUCGGUGUCUUCUUAUAAGUCGGAAGAACAACCAGAGCGGGGCGAAAGUAUUAAAAAAGUAUUAAAAGAAAAAUAAAAAUAUCUAUUAAAGUUUAGAGCAGAGCCUGGCGUUCGCAUCGGAAUCUGGUCGUCGUCUACUCGAGUGAAAUGCCGUUGCCGUGGUCGUGGCACAAAUUCAACGACAACGACGACGUCGCGACGCCACCGUGUGUGUGGAAGCCAAUGAAAAAUGAAGAAAAAUGUUUGGAUCGCGCUCGAGUUAUAUAACUACUAAAAUAGAAUCCAUCAGCGGUGUCAUUCGGGUGUGUAGCGGAAAGUCCUCAUAGCGGAAUCGACGAACGAGACCGUGGCGUGGUCCAUUGAAUCCGUCGUGGCCGCGAAGCGUGUGUGCGCGUCGUGCUCGAGAUCGCGAGGUCGGUGCGUUGCGAGAGUGGUGAUGGUAGCAGGCGGCGACUGAGAUGACGCUGUGUAGCAGAGCAGCACAUGUGUGUAGAUAUUAUAGUCUCUAGUGGUUGACAUGCCUACCACGGCGGCGAUUCGUCGUUUACUUCGAUGAGUGGAAAUGCUUACGGAAAAAUGAUAAAUAAUUUCGAGAUUAUGCUUUGAGACAAGCAAGAACAAGAAGAAACACCAGUUAAAAGGUGAAAACAAGGCACUUACUUCUCUGGCGCAGAUUGGCAAAGAAAUCGUAUUUUUUUCUGUGAGGUUCUCGCUUACUACGAGCAGGACAUUGAAUUCAGGACAAAUUUCAAUCUAAUCAGGCCACAGCAGGCCGGGAAUGCGGUGGUGCUUUCUUGGAGGUGGAAAACGAGCUCGGAAGAAAUUCGUUCUUCAAAUUCAAUAGAGGCAAAGGUAAGGUGAGGUGGUUGGAUUCAAAAGAGGAACGAGGCAGGAAGGAAUUAGACACGCUCAACCGCCACGUGGGUGUCGGAGGGAGGGAGGAAGUGAGUGGCGGAAGGCGUCAACGGGAGAGACAUGAGUCUCCGAGGAUUUAUAGCAGUGCUUCUGGUCGGAAUCAACAUUAUUGCAGCCGGAACGUCGUUACUGUUGGGAUUGCUGGUGACAGGUGCUCGGCCGGCACUUGGGACGAGUGAAGGUCUGGCCAAUCAGCUUCUGGACCAACGGCAACAACCGUCGCCCGCACAGCCAUCGCCACAACCACAGCAGGCGGCGCCGAUAGUGGCAGAACUUCCACAACUAGGCUUGCUGCGAUCACUGCCGGUGGUAACGGAGCCCACCCCGAAUGCCGCCGCCAACAUCAUUAACCUGGACCGGGAUGGCGGAGUUAGCUUUAUUCCGCGGAAGGACUUCCGCCUGCAGAGGGCCGUCCCGGCGGAGUAUGCCGGGGCUUCGGCCAUGCCACACUGCGAGUCGUUCACCAUGGGCAACCCGGACCAGAAGAUGCUGUACAGUCCGGGCGCGCCGGGGAACUAUCCGAACAACAGCGACUGCGUCGUAGUGCUGGAGGCUCCGGUCGGGUCGCUGGUGCGGCUGGACUUUCGCGAUCAUUUCCAUAUCGAGCCGUCGGAGGAGUGUAAAUAUGACUUUUUAGAGAUUCGCGACGGUGCCCACGGUUUCUCGACGCUGCUGGGAAAGUACUGCGGAACGACCUACCCGCCGAUGAUCACCUCGAAGGAGCGUUUCCUCUGGUUGCGGUUUCACUCGGACGAGAACAUCGAGUACAGCGGUUUCGUUGUCGUCUACGAAUACGUGCCAAGGCCGACGUCAUCCGUCUACGAUGACGAGGGAUGCCGCAUCGAGGUGUCCGGCAUGGAGGGCUUCCUGAACCGGACGGACGUUCCGAGGGAGAAACAGCAGACGGUCAUCGAGCACGGACUGACGCUGGACUGCAUGUGGGUCGUCACCGUGCAGGACGGGUGGAAGAUUCAGCUUUCGUUCCUGAUGUUCAAGCUGGAAAAGCCCAACGACUGCGAGAGCAAUUUCGUGGACGUGUUUACCGAGCGGACCGAUCUGCCGUCAAGACUGAAGAACUUUUGCGGCUCGAUUGCCGAUUCGGUGGUGUCCAAGACGAACGUGUUGCACAUCCGGUUCUUUGCCGAGGCGUCCGCCAUCAAUUCCACCUUCUCGAUUUUGUUCACUGCAUUUAGGGAGAAGGCCGCCGGAGAAACUUGUGACGAUGACGAGUACGAUUGCGAGGACGCCACCUGCAUUUCCUCCGAUUUGCGAUGCAACGGACGAAUCAACUGCCGGUUCCGGUGGGACGAAGACGAAUGCCACACCAAGCAGCAGGCCCAAUCGGAGCAUGUGACCAUCAUCAUGGUGGUGUUCGGGCUUAUUUUCGGCAGUAUGGUGAUCGCUUUCGUGAUCAAGAUCGUUCGGAAGAUUAUGCGAGACCACAAGAUCAUCCGGGAGCACAUCCGCCAAUCACGGGAAAGCAAACUCAACGAACUGGGGCGACACUCAACGAAGAAGCCGGUCGAUCUGGACAUUACGAAGUUUCCUCCACCGGCCUUCGACAAGGAACCGAUCAACGUAUUGGAGAACGCUGCCAAUAGCUACUACCGGGAGGUGAUCUCGCCUUCUCUGGUGGGGGGAGGUAGUGGCGGAAGUGGUGGCGGAGGAAGCGGAGGGGGAGGAGGAGGCGGAAGUCACAUGUUUAGCAGUAGCAGUAGGAUAGAUUUGAAGAACGACCCCAGCCGGAGUCAGCAAGAGAUUCAGGACAUUUUGCGCAGCAGUUAUCACGAGGAUCCGCUGCGGAUGGGCAUGAAGGAUGCCGGCAUGUGCGACAUGGCCUGUCAAACGAGGGAAUCCCUUUUCCAGCCGGUGUUCAAGAACAAGGUGACGCAGUCACCUAAUCCCAACAGCAUACGGUUUUCGACGUUCGGCUAUGAAGCCCAGCAGCUUCCGGGUGGUCAAUCGCCGCCCUCGCAGCUGCCCUCGGUGACGCCUCCCCCUCCGAAGGUGAAACAUCACCACCACCAUCAUCAUCACCAUCACAUGGGAGGAGGAGGCGGCGGCGGCGGAACGUUAGAGCGUAGCAAAGGUAACAAAUUCGAGCUGCAGGACCUCAGUGGGACCGGUGGUGUCAUAUCGAUUGGGGUCGGAGGGGAUGAGGAAACGGAUCUCCAGGGUGGCGGAAUGGGUGGAGGUCACCAGCAUAGUCAUCAUCACCACCAUCAUCAUCCCCAGCAACAGCAGCAGCAGCAGCAGAAGGUGGUACUAGAACGGGAUAUGGACCCGACGACGGGACACAAUAUCCGGAAGUCGGCACCGGAUGUCAUCAUUAUGACGUCGUCUCACUGAUUUUAGGAUGGGGGGAGUGGGGAUUUUGUUUGUUGAAAGAAUUGUUUCAAAUGGAAGUAAGGAUCGCUGAAACCAGGCCGCCAUUGGCACUUACCUUUAGUAUUCAAAUGAUGUCGCUGUUCGAUUAACUCAAACUGACG